GAAUAAGAAAUGUGGGGUACUUUUCAACAAAGCAAGUAUUUUCUAAAAAUGUCAUUUAAAGGGAAACCACACUUUUUUCUGUCCAGUAAACCUUGGCCAAAUGUAUACAUGUACUACUGAGGGUGUAGUACACUUCCAGCCAAUAGUAGGCCCUGUUUAAUAAGCAUUUCAACCAAUAGCAAGUACUCUUUCAUGUACUUCCUUUGAAUAAAUCCUAGUCACUGUUACAGUCAGUCAAACUACAAGUACUCAUCAAACCAAAGCAUUUCAUUACUACGACGUGAUCACUUAGAUCUUGUUUGUUGGAAUUUUUCUGAAGUUGUACAACAAAACAAGAAAUUUGGCCUAACUCAUCAGCACCAAACUUUGCUUUCCUUGGACUUCCUACUCAACACUUGUUACCAUUAACACUGGACAUCAAGCUGCUGACCACCAAAGUCAAACUGAACUAUUGUUGAGUUUGUUUGCUGAUCUGAUAAAGUUCAGUAGGUAAUUUACAACCAGGGCAUUCUGGUUGGCUGGAUAUAGAUGUACAAUACCAUAGGGUCAGCUCCAGGCUUCACAGAUAGUACAAACAUUGUGCAUGUAUUGUUGCAACCUAUGGCACUAUGACAUCAGAUCUUAAUCCCUAGGUCUGCAUGGAUUCACAGGCCAUUGAGCUAACUGAUGACUGAGAGAACUUAAAGAACUCUGAAGUGGAUGACAAAGGAGAUCUUUGAUGGGAACACAGGACUAGUAAACCACGAGCUAUCUCAGAUCACUUACUUAUCACUGCACUGCUCGUGCAUAAGAUGUAAACCUACAUGUAAAUGCUGUCAUCAAUUUUUGUCUCAAACUGAGUUCUGUCUAUGGAUGCAACGAAUUUCAUGACACUGGAAUUCUCUUUUCUUGACUGAUCCUCAUCAGCCAGGACAUCUUCUGGAUGUGUGAAGGUUAAGUUAGUAUACAAAAACUCAAGCUUCCAGUUUCUGAUCCUUUGGGCCGUAACAGCAAGCGUUAUGGAUAUCCAGAGACCCCAGCUUUCGGCAGUUUUCCUCAUCUUUUCUCUCUCCAUCUUUAUCCGAUCAACAAAUUCUGUCCAGCUUACUGUCACACCGACUCGCAGGAACGUUCUGAUUGGUGACCGAGCAGACUUUCUUUGUUCUUACACUCCCGACCCAGGAUUCUCCUGUGAUGACACUUUUGUCUUUUGGGGGAAAAAAGGUGGUGAUAACAUUGCAAACAUGACCUAUGUCAUCGAUUCAUCAAAAUAUGGCAUCAGAUGGCAGUCAAGAGUGAACAAUGAAGGUUUCUUACGAUGCUUGUAUACACUAAUAAUUAAAGACAUCACUUCCUCUGAUGGUGGUCAAUACAGUUGUGCAUUGAUCCGCCCACAAUCUGGUCGAUUCUUCAUAUCUCAAGCUUUAGUCAAGCUUCAACCAGUCAUUCCCCCACCUGAUGUCUAUCCUGUAUGCAAAACAUCAGUCAUUGCAGGUCAGUCACUUACCCAUGGCAUGAUGUUGGUCUGUGAAUCUCUUAUUGGUCAGCCUCCAGUGACUUUAGAAUGGUUUAGUGGAGAUUAUCAACUACCAGCUGAGCUCCAUAAACUCAACAACAACAAAUUACUUCACCUUGAGACCACUAUGACCUCAGUGGAUAUGGACCAAAUAUACGACCCUGUUAUCAUGUGUGUAAUGACACUACCUGACCCCAUUGAUGAGAUCAGAACCUGUUCUAUUAACACCACCACAACCGUCAUCGUUCAGUCUGCAAGCACUGACCAGUCAUGUGUACAAAUGUACACGUUUUUCUGUCAUGUGACCAGUAAUAUUCCAUUUGAGAUUAACUGGCAUCUAAACGAUCAGUUGAUUGAGCCAGAAGAUCUCAAAGACCGUUUCUUUGUUGAGACUGAGGCACAAGCACUUCACAUUCGCAACGUCACUGCCCAAGAUAAUAAAAGUGUAGUAACUUGCCACGUUGCUACCAUGUUUGGCAACUUCAGUGGAGCAGCUGUCAUGGAAAUUGACACAUUGGACCCUGGCAGGAAGAAACUUAUGACUGACAGCCUCAUGGCUUUAAUUUUGGGUUUAAUUGUUGGAAGUUUUUUUCUACUUGUUGCCAUUAAUAUCAUCAUUUGGUACAAGUGUAGAAGAUGUUUAGUAUCCAACAGCUCAGUAAAGGAAUCUUCCAUGCAAGAAAGUACCCCAUUUAAUCUAGUAUCCCAAUCUGAAUCAAAGCAAGGAAAAGUGGAAGUUGUAACUGAGACUGGCUUCCGAUCAGACAGCCAUUAUCUUGACAUGAGCAUAACAGUCAAGAAAGCUGCUGCUACCAACAAUGCCCACUAUUCUCCAAUGAAAAGCCUUGACAAGUCAAACGAUGAUGAUUACAUGGUAGCAUCAAAUGACAAUGAUGACACACAUGUAUCUGACAAUGAAUACAUGAUGAGCUCAAAAUCUGACGAUCCAGACACCUAUGUGUACAGCUCUACUGAUGACCUCAGCAAAAUCAAAGGGAAAAACAACCCUAAACCAGCCAUUAAAUCGAAGCCAAGUAAGCUUCAAGAAGAAACUGACAUCCACUCUCCAGAGGCAUCUGGCACAGAACACCACUCAAAGGAGAACAUCAGCAAAAGGGUAAAUGAACAGCAGAUUUCACCACCAGCUCUAAGCGAUAAUGAUGACACAAAUGAUUACGAAGUUCUUGCAAAGGAUAAUAGCUCAAACAAACCAAAACUAACUAAAAUUACCUCUGACGUCAACCUGAUUAAAACUUCCCCGACUUCUGCCAAAUCAUCCCCCAAAUUAACACGAAAUUUUUCAGCUCCUCUUCUGUCACAGGAGCAACCAGAAUAUGCUGUCCCUAAUGAUACAUGUGAUAUGAUGGUGAGAAGCACCAAAGAAGCCCCUGUAUACGACAUUCCAAAAGAUAAUAAUAGCCCAAAGACAAAUAACAUCCAUCAGAGAAUCAACAACUUUGAAAAGGCCACUGGAAAAUCCUCCUCUCCUCUGUUCAAGAAAGGAAUGCUACCUCCAGUGGCUCAGAAGAAACCCAAUCGUCAUUCAGACCCACCAAGCUCUUCUGACAGUGAGCAAAGUCUAAAGAAAAGAGCUGCCAGGAUAUCAUUGCCUCAAGAUGAUUCCACAAACCAGUAUCUUGUUCCUAGUGUAUCACAGCAAAAUUUGGACAAAAUAAAUGUCAAGACACCACCUGUAAAGGAAAGUAAAUCUCCUCUCCUUAAGAAGGUUAAGAACCCAUUCAAAACAAAGAACAAUAAUAAAGACGUUUACCAAUGCCUAGAUCGACAGAGUAUGGACAUUGAGAAACCUGAUUAUCAGUUGUUAUUAGGUAUAAGGAAAGUUGACGAUACCGGCCUUUAUGAAAAUGUUUCAAAUGAGGCAGCUGUUUAAAUCAAAGCCAAGAACAGGUUAUCUGAAGUAUAUCAAACAACAUUUUACUUCUUGUAGAUGAAAUUGGAAUUGGCAGCAAGGCUCAAGGUCUCACUGCCAAGCUCUUCCCACUUCCGGGGAACUUUUCAAAAUCCUUGUCAUACAACGAGAAUACCCAGGCUUUAAGAACCACAUUCCAACUUGACACCAAUAAUUCUACGCAUCUGAAAGAAACAUACGGGCGUAAUUUGACGGGAGAGUUUGUCUGUAUGUUUGUUUUCUUUUUCUGUUUAUUAUUUUAAUUUUGGUAUGUUUUCUUGUUGCUUAGAUUUUUAGUAUUUAGUCUCUAAAUAUAAUGUAUAUAAGCAUUUUCACUUUGACGUAUGUUGUUCUCUAAACAAUGAAGGUAAUGCGAGAUAGGCUGGUCCUUGCUCCAUGAACAAGUGUGUAUUAACUACAUGUAGCUGUGAACGUAAUUUAACUUAUUGUGUAACAGACGCACUUAAUUUUAUUUUGUAUUUGAAAAAUUUUAUUCUUAAAGUGUUAAUCAACAAAGCUCACCCACAAAUUCUGGCUUUUAUCAGCCAGUGCAACAUCACAUCAUAUGGGCUACACUGUUUUUACUGGUACGAUUUUACCAUGCACUCCCCCACCCCCUAAAUAUUUGUGGCAAAUUAGUGAACAGCAAUUCAAACACAAGGGCAGAUACAGGACCACAUUUUCAAGGGGGGGUCAAACUUCUCUUUUUGGGGGGACAAAAUAAUUUGAAUUUUUUCCUAUUACAUGUAUCUUUUUAUGGCAUUUCUGUGGGGUGAGGUUUUUAGGGGGACGGGGGUUGACACUUUUAAAGGGACAUGAAAUAGACCAUCAUUUUUUCAAACAAAACACUUUGGCUCUUUUUUGGGGGCGGGGUCUGACCCUGUUUCCCCCCCCCCUUUCCCUGAUCUGCCAUUACCCAUAUGUACAUGUAAAAUGUACCAUACAUGUACAUACCGGUAGUAACUAAAGUUCCGAGCCAUGUGUAUGCCCUCACACUCCCUUAUUUUGCAGUUUUCGACAUGUAACAAAUUUGGCAUGUUUGGGUAAGCUCUCCGAGAAAAAGUCUGAAAUGUUACAGGUGACUUGUUGAUUAAUUUUUAAUAUGAUAAAGGUGUAUUAUCAACAUUGGAUUUUGUUUGUAAGUUACAUAAAUAUACAUGGACAAAGCAUUUCAGAAUCUGUGGGCGCAACAUUAUAAAUCCAACACCAUCUUCUUCAACUUACGGUGCAGAAGAAGACUAUACAACAACACUUUUAACAGUCUGUGAGUCCUUUACAGUGAAGAAUGUAACUGUCUAAACUUGUUUGCUUUCUCAUACGAAUGUGCUACAUGUAAUUACCGUAUAUUUUGUGUCUCCACAAACAAGUAGCACAAGUAUGUACAUAUUUAUAAAGGUACGUGUACACUUGGAAGUUAAAAGAUUAAACUUUAACACUGAAAAAGACACUGAGUUAAACAGA